AUGCCGAAAACUGCGCAAGUCCCCACGUCCGAAGAGGUUGUCGUCAGUCUAGCGAAGAAACGUACUAAAGCUCUUCCUGGAGUCCGCACUACAUUGUACCCAUAUCAGAUCAAUUCGCUAUGCAAAAUGUAUGAAAAAGAAACCACCAGUCAGAGGGAGCCUGUGCCAAAUUUUCUUUCUUUCCGAUCGCCUUUAAAUCUGACAUAUUAUUUCGAUACCCUCAAUCCGGCUUUUUACCUGAACCCCGAGUUGUAUGUAAAGCCACGAGGUGGCAUUUUGGCAGAGAAUAUGGGCUUGGGCAAAACCCUCAUCUGUCUCAGCCUUGUUUGCUUGACAAAAUAUGAUGUUUCCAUCAUACCUGAGGAUAUGAUUCUUCACGAUGAUCAAGCGCCAAGUUCCAAUAAGAUCCCAUCCUUGUGUGACGUAUCCAUCGACACAAUCAACAGAAACUCUCUUCCCUGGAAGUUCUACGAAGAGGAUAUCCCCAGCUCAGUAGUGGAGAAACUCAAGCACAAUCCGGGAUCAUUUAAAAUAAGCAUAAAUCACGGAAAAAGUCAAUGGAGCGAAAGAACGAAAAGCAAGAAGAUUCAACCCACCUCCAAAUCACUUUAUUUAUGUGGCACGACUUUACUCAUAGUUCCCGAAAACUUGUUUCAUCAGUGGAACAGUGAGUUGAAAAAACAUAUCGACGACAACUAUCUCCAUAAGUUGUUUGUCUCUGACCGUUUCAAAAAGCCCAUCGUUUUGCCUAAUUCCAUAUACACAGACUGUUUACCGCAAGAUCCUAAAGAACUAAUACAGUAUGACUUGGUUGUUAUCACCAGCGCUGCUUUUGCCAAGCAAGAUCUUGAUAGAACUGCCUUGGCUCAUGUCUACUGGAAGCGGCUCAUAAUAGACGAGGGCCAUUCUAUGGGUUCAAAAUCCUCUAAUAUUAGUGUCCUAUGCUCUGCACUUCAAACCGAGAGAAGAUGGGUUGUCACCGGUACUCCCACCCCAGGGCUAACUAACUUACACAUGGAUGAAGAUGAGAGCGGACAUAAUACACAUACGAAAAAGACCCGCAAAUAUGUGGUCAAGAAAGCUUUUAAUGUGAAAGAAGACUUGGUCAAGUUGGGUAAUUUGGUGGGCAACUAUUUCAAGAUUGAGCCUUUCUGCUCCCAGCCCAGAUUAUGGUCCUCGGCUAUAGUGAAAAACUUGGCUCUGAGUGGUUUCAGCUCGGAGAUGAGUCUCCGAACACUUUUGAGCUCUUUGAUGGUGAGACACUCUCUUGCCAAUGUCGAGAGUGAUUUAUCGUUGCCUCAAUUGCACCAUGAAGCGGUUUUGCUCGCGCCGUCGAACCAGAAUAAACUUGCAAUCAACUUGUUCAAUGCUGUCUUAGCUGUCAAUGCAGUUUCUUCUGAAAGAGAAGGGUCAGAUUACAUGUUUGACCCAGCAAACCGUCUGCAACUUCGAAGGCUUGUGACAAACUUGCAACUAGCCACAUUUUAUUGGACUGGUUUCAAACAGCUGGAUGUUGAAAGCCUUAUCAACGUGUCUAAACACUGUAUGGAGAAGCAAAAAUCCGGUGGCUCUCAAGCUUUCAGCCAGCUGGAUUUCUUGUUGCUCGAAAAAUCUAUACUGGCAGCGGAAGAAGCUCUACAUAAUCCCCAAUGGCGAACAGCGUCUAUGCUACAUGAAAUGCAAUAUUAUGUGCGGGGACUUCCAGCAGCUUUUUCCAAAGCCUUUUCAACUGGAGUGUCGCAUCAUCUUGCAGUGUUUGGUGCUCCUCAAAUCACUGCUUUGCAAGAGUUUUUCUACAAGAACAGAUUCAUGGAUAUGGGCAACCAAGUUCUUCUCGAAGAGAAACUUGAUGCUGCGGCAAAACCGUUCUGGAAAAGCUACUGGACUGAUGCAACUCAAAGAGAAAGUACAAAGUUUAAGAAACAAGAGCUGGCCCACGAUUUCGAUGUGCACUUCUUGACAGACGAGACAACACAAGAGGCUAACACCACGUACAAGUUAUCCCCCUCCAAGAAAACCAAGGUAAGCCCCAAGCGGAACCUGACGGAGGAAAAAAUGAAGAGCUCCAUCCGUGUCGGAGCAGAGAGCAGUUUUCCUGGUCAAGACAUCAAGAAGGCGCAGAUACUAGGAACAGCGUCGGCCAAAUUGUCGUACUUGUCCUCGCGUUUGGUGGAACACCAGUUGGAAGGCGUAAAGUCGAUUGUGUUUUUUGAAUUUGAAGAUAGUGCGUACUACUUAGCCGAGCUGUUGGAUAUUCUUGGUGUGAACUACAUUCUUUAUGCCACUUUUGUUGGAGCAGGCCAACGAGCCAAUAACCUAAGUGAUUUUGACGAUCAUGACGUUGAAAAAAAUGGAGGUAUCACUCUCAUCAUGGAUCUUCGCCUAGCUGCCCAUGGACUCACCAUUAUUUCUGCAACUAGGGUCUAUUUCACGAGUCCAGUCUGGCUGAGAUCUGUGGAGGCCCAGGCCAUCAAAAGAGCCCAUCGUAUUGGGCAAAAGAAUGAGGUUUUUGUAGAAACCCUUGUGUUGAAAGGCACUUUAGAGGAAGAAAUUUACAAAAGAAGGCAAACGGAUAAUGCGGCAGAUCUGUCCGUGGUGGAUGACUUAAAAAUGCAACAGUUCUUCCAAAAGCAUGAAUUCUUGGAUUUCAUAUCUGAUUGUGAAUAUAGUGUUUUUUCGUCCCCGUCGGUGGGAAAAUUGCCUCCUACAGAGGAGCUGGAUGCAUCAUGUUCUCUUUUACGACAUAGACCUGCUCAACUGCUCAGACCUGAUGGAGCUCGAGAGUGGGUAAUGCGGUUAUUCAACGCAGACAACUUGGAAAAGUUCAAUAGUUCAAAGAGACAAAAAGUGGAAGCCGAACAACUCAAUAAAGAGUUGGUUGAGGGAAAAGCCUUUUCCGAUGUUAAAAGGCGAAAGGUUGUGUCGAAAAAGGUGACCUUCUAA